AUGCCUGCGAGUGUUCUAUGCCACAUUCUUUCUUUUCUACCAACCAAACAAGUUGUUGCAACAAGUGUUCUAUCUAAGAGGUGGAACCCUUUGUGGCGCUCAGUCCCUACGCUAAACUUCGAUCUUGACUACAACAACAAAAGCAAAAAGAAGUAUUACCGCUUUCUUCAGUCUUUAUACGAAGUUAUUCUUUCACGAGAUUCGAAUCAACCAAUCCAAACAUUCAGCAUCAAGUGCGCGACUUCACAUUGUGAACAAAGUAAUGUCAACGUAUGGGUUAAUGCUGCGCUCCAACGCAAUGUUGAGUACCUCGACCUCCUUCUGUCUUGCACUUCGAAUAUCAACUUGCCUUCCGCCGUUUUUAGACAUAGAACCCUCGCUGUUCUCAAGUUGAGGGGAUUAGCACUCAAAGCUACUUCAUCAAUUGAUUUACCCUCACUUAAAAUCCUGCAUUUGGACCUCGUUAGUUUUUCAGAAAGAAGAUAUUUGGCUGAACUUCUUUCUGAGUGUCCACUUCUUGAGGAUUUGGGUUAUCCUGUGAAUUUUGUGAUUGAUGAUCAAGAGAUGGAUAAGGGGAUUGGUGAUGACCCGAACCCGUAUGCCAAAGAUGUUAUACCAGUAUUUCACAAUUUAGUCCAUAUUGAACUCACCUACUUUCAUUAUACUAUGAAUUGGUUUGAUGUGAUAGAAUUGCUCAACCAUUGCCCCAAGCUUCAAAUUCUUGUUAUUGAUCAGAACUUCAACCUCGAUGAUUAUGAAGAGAUAGAUUUGCGAUACUCAGAUUCUAUUCCAAAAUGCAUUUCAUUACAUCUUAAAACAUGUCUUCUGAAUAAUUACAAAGGCUCAAAAGGUGAAGUUCGAUUUGCAAGAUAUGUGAUGCGAAAUGCAAGUAUUUUACGUACAAUUAAAAUAUUUGUUAGAGCUGGAAUAGUUCGAGAAGAGAAGAUCAACGAGUUCGAGAUGCUAAAAGAGUUAUCCUCAUGCACAAGGUGUUCACCAACUUGUGAACUUUCAUUUGAAAUAAUAUAG